AUGUCAGAAAGGAAGCCCAAAAACUCGGACACGCGCCCCAAGAAUCUUCGGAGCUGGAGUGCCGAUAGUUACAUCCGCAGCAUCAAAAAACGCUCAAGAGGGUCACGCCACGAGACAGCGCCCAAAGGGGAAGAAGGGGAGGGAAUGGAGGAUCAGAGCAUGCGCUCGGCCUCUUGUCCCCGGAGACGCAGGGAAAGAAAGUGCAGUUGCACGAUCCCGGGAGAACCCGAAUCGGACACACCUUGCAGAAAAGCUAUGACUCGUCGAUCCCUGAGACAGAAGUUUCAGGACGCUGUCGGCCAGUGUCUUCCUCUUCGCAGUCAUCACCACCACCACCAUCAUCAUCAUCACCAGUCUGGUUCAUCACGUCCGUUCUCUGUCCUUCUUUGGUCCAAACGAAAGAUUCACGUUUCUGAGCUCAUGGAGGACAAGUGUCCCUUCUCCCCAAAGUCCGAAAUAGCUCAAUGUUGGCAUCUGAUCAAGAAACACGGCACUCACAUCAAACCUCCUUUAAGCAUCUCAGCAGAACCCAAAGGGCCCCGUACGACUUCCUCUCCUCCACCACUUAUUUCCUGGGAGGAGAUCAGUUCCAACGGAGCUUCUAGCUUGGAUGACUGGGAUCCAUCUUUUUUACACGGGGACAGCCAGUGUUGUUCCCACACUGAUUAUAUCUUGGUACCUGAUCUUCUUCAGAUCAACAACAGCCCUUGUUACUGGGGCGUCCUGGACCGUUUUGAAGCCGAGCAGCUUUUGGAGGGGCAACCCGAGGGGACAUUUCUGCUCCGAGACUCUGCCCAGGAUGAAUACCUCUUCUCGGUUAGCUUCAGACGCUACAGUCGCUCCCUCCAUGCUCGAAUAGAGCAAAACGGGAAGCGUUUUAGCUUUGAUGGCCGUGACCCAUGCAUGUACAGAGACUCGAGUGUCACCGGCCUGCUCAAGCAUUAUAGCGACCCUUCCGCCUGUCUGUUUUUUGAGCCGCUUCUUUCUCGCCCACUACCUAGGAACUUUCCUUUUUCACUACAGCACAUGUGCAGAGCGGUUAUCUGUAGUCGUACAACAUAUCAGGGCAUCGAUGUCCUGCCUUUACCCCAAAGUUUGAGAGAAUAUGUUAGGCAGUAUCACUAUAGAUGUAAUGGUGCCUGUGCUAUUUAAAUGCUGUCACAACAAUGAGACAAAAUUAAGUGCUGCUACUUUUGAAUGGUCCUUAAAAACCGUUUAAAGGGUGUGAAAGGAGACACUGUCGAUGAAGUUAUCAUGUAAGGCAAAGGCCUGCUAUACAUCUCAUCUAUCUCAGUGUGCAAAACAAACCAAAGACAUGCAAGCAGAUUUGUAUUUUUUACCAUAUAUUUGAUUUGAUUGUCUUAUUCUGCUUACGUCAGACCAUCAUCUGUUAAUAUAUUGUGUUUUGUAACUUUUUGCGUGCAAUAUAGACUUUCAUACACCAGAUAUUCAUGUAAGACAGGAAAUGAAUGCCAGUUUCAUCUGAUGGUAGUCCUUCAUGUUGUAGUAUAACCAUGUUCCACUAGAUGGCAGAGUUGUAAAACUUGCUUCACAUAUUUAAAUGGUGAAAUAUGGACACAUCUUGAACUUUUGAAGUUACCAAAGCCACCUUGUUUGCUGCAAAACUGAAACAUCUUAUCUGUCAGUAUUAUUUGAUAGAUCUUUCAUUAUCAUAAUCAAUUUAACUGU